GGUGAGCCGGCGGGUCCCCUGGGCGCUCCGCCUGGACGUGGCCGAGCGCCGCCCGGGGCUCGAUGGCGAUGAACUAUAACGCGAAGGAUGAGGUGGACGGCGGGCCCCCGUGCGCCCCCGGGGGCACCGCCAAGACCCGGAGGCCGGACAACACGGCCUUCAAACAGCAACGGCUGCCCGCCUGGCAGCCAAUCCUCACGGCCGGCACGGUGCUACCCACCUUCUUCAUCAUCGGCCUCAUCUUCAUCCCCAUUGGCAUCGGCAUCUUCGUCACGUCCAACAACAUCCGCGAGAUCGAGAUUGAUUAUACCGGAACAGAGCCUUCCAGUCCCUGCAAUAAAUGUUUGUCUCUGGAUGUGACACCUUGCAUUUGUACCAUUAACUUCACAUUGGAAAAGUCAUUUGAGGGCAAUGUGUUUAUGUAUUAUGGACUGUCUAAUUUCUAUCAGAACCACCGACGUUAUGUGAAAUCUAGAGAUGACAGUCAGCUAAAUGGAGAUCCUAGUGCUUUACUUAAUCCUAGUAAGGAAUGUGAGCCUUAUCGAAGAAAUGAAGACAAACCAAUUGCUCCUUGUGGAGCUAUUGCCAACAGCAUGUUUAAUGAUACAUUAGAAUUAUUCCUGGUUGCCAAUGAAUCUGAUCCCACACCUGUGCCUAUUCCUUUGAAAAGGAAAGGUAUUGCUUGGUGGACAGAUAAAAAUGUGAAAUUCAGAAAUCCCCCUGGAGGAGGAAGCUUGGAAGAACGAUUUAAAGGUACAACAAAGCCAGUAAAUUGGCUUAAGCCGGUUUAUAUGCUGGACUCUGACGAGGACAACAGUGGGUUUAUAAAUGAGGACUUUAUUGUUUGGAUGCGCACUGCAGCAUUACCAACUUUUCGUAAGUUGUAUCGUCUUAUAGAGCGCAGAAGUGAUUUUCAUCCAACAUUACCAGCUGGACGAUACUAUUUGAAUAUCACAUACAAUUACCCUGUGCACUCCUUUGAUGGACGGAAACGGAUGAUCUUGAGCACAAUUUCAUGGAUGGGAGGAAAGAAUCCAUUUUUGGGGAUUGCUUACAUCACUAUUGGAUCCAUCUCCUUCCUUCUGGGAGUUGUACUGCUAGUGAUUAAUCAUAAAUAUAGAAACAGUAGUAAUACUGCUGACAUUACCAUUUAAUUUUAUAUUCUGAAAACAAAUCUACUGCAUGUGCAUCAAGGCCAGUCCUGUUCAAUCUAGCUUUCAAAUGCUGAUGGCUGGUUAGUAUGUCUUUUUGAAGUUGGCACAUAAUUUUUUUUAAACAGCCUUUGUUCUUCGCUUCUUACAUAUGAAUGACUUACAAGACUAUAUGAUGGGUAUAAAAAUUAGCUAUAUUGAUCAUAUCAAUACUGUAACUGCUAAAGUGGCAUUCUAAUGUUUGUUCUUCAUGGGGCAGGCCGUGUGAUUCAUAGAGCCUCUUUCAUGUGAAAUGCAUCUAUUGCUUCAAUGUUAUGCUGUGUUGGUAGCAUAUUGACAUAUGAUGCUGUAUAUGUGUGCCUGUUGAGAAAGGUAUUAUGAGAUGUAUGUGUAUGACUUCCUAACCUUUCAGGAUUCAGUUGCAGAAAGAUUGAAGGAAAACCAAAUGUAAAUAAAACACUUCAUCAUUUUUGUGUGUCAUGUGUAAAGGCUUAAAAAGUACCAUUUUUGUAGAGGUGAUUUAUGUGUUUAGUUUUCUGUUACAGCUCUCUGUUUGGAUUUGAUUUCACAGGUAAGCUUAGAUACUUACCUUGUCUAGCAUAGAAAUUAAUGCUUGUUUCUUAAUCUUUCAGGGAUGUUCGGGAUAGAAAUAAUAAAGAUUCCUCUUUAUUUGUUUAAAAUGUUAAUAGUGAGGAAUCCUGACUUACUUGAAAUGUCUUUACAUGUGAUAUUUCCCUUGAAGCUCAUACUUUGUAGGGGAAGAAAGAAUGUAGGUGAGUUGGGGAAACUGCUUGGCAGAUCCUCAUCUGCCUCUCAGUAAGCCAGAUGUACAAGCCCAGAAGAGAAUAUUUUCAUUUUUGUAGUAUUUAGCAUUAAGAUAAUUACUUCUGCAUUGGAAAUACAUCAAAUUGUUCUUAUUUGGCAACAAAGUGCUCCCCAAAAUAUUGAAAUCAUAAUUUCCUCUCUAUUUCAUUAAAUUUUUGCAUACAAGUCAACUAUGUGGAUAUGUAUACACAUUCAUUAGUUCAAAUAAUGCUUUGAUCCAUUUUCCUAAGACAUACCUUAAAAAGUGUUCUGUAAACUUCCUGCUUAAAUUGUGGGAAUUUUGGAAUAUGUACAUGAUAAAUUAUAACAUAUAUAAUUGAAGUUAUUUUAUUUUCUAACUGGAAUUGUUUUAAUAUUUCUUAUUGAAUAAAUGCUAUAAUUUGUUUGCUAUGGAAUUUAUUCUUGAAGUGAGUGUAAACUUUUUUCACAUGUGUAAUUUUUACACUAAAAUAAUUCAUAUUUAUGUAGGUGAAUACUUAGUUUGUAAUGAUUUCCUUCAGUUAUAUUUGAAAAAUAAAAGAUCUGGGUAUCAAUUUAGAUUAAUAUAUGCUUUAAAAAACAAAAAAUAAUGCAAUAUUUUCACUUAUAGUAGAAAUGUGCCAGUUAAGUUUUAUAUAACAUGAAAUUCAGUUAAUGAAACUUACAACUGAUGGUGUAUUUUAACUUAUAAAAAUAUUAUUUGCAUCAGUUACUUGAUGUGUGGCUAUACUAAAAUUUCUGGUUUUCUAUCUAAAAAUAUUGUUUUGUUAGUACUUCAUGAUUCUGUUUAUUUUGAAAAUUGUCCCUCUUGCACAUGUUGGUUUAUUUUUGGGGCUUUCUUUUCAUGAGAGGUGGCAUAUUUUUUCAGUCUUUCCAGAGUAAGUGUACUAUUUAAGAAGGACUGUGAUCCUGCAUCUCUUUUUCUAAGUCAGAAACCAAAGGUCCUACUAAAGAAAAGAUGGUGUCUUGAAUUGAAGCUCUUAUUAACAAGUUCACUGAUGUUUUAAGUUCUUCCCUUUCUUCUGCCAUUUGAACUCUAAGGGAUUCUGGCUAUUACAUAUGAAGAAUAUGGGAUAUUCGUAUUUUAGAGAUAUUCAUAUGUUUAAGGCGACUAAGUUCUGUAGAAGGCUUGAAAAAAAUGCAUGAAUUUUUUCCCAGUUGAAAAAGAAAUUUAAGUAAAAUCAUAAGGAAUUUCAUUGAAAUCAUAAGGCAGAUUAAGAUAAACUGGAAAAAAAUAUAGUAAUAGAGAAUCAUUCCACUACUAAGAGAAGAGUCAAGUGUUUAUUGUUUAUUGGAUAGUGAUAGAAUUUAUUUGUAACCUUGAUUAUAUUACAAGUUAACAUUCUGUUAGGAAUGUUUUAUAUUAAUAAAAUGAAGAAAAUUAAUUGAGCCAUGUUUGAUAAUUGAACUAUGUUUUGUGUCUUGAUAAAAUUACAGUGCCACCUCUGUGUUGUUACUCUGGUUAACACUCAAUUUUACUGCUGGAUUAUUGAGUCCAGAUUUUAGUUUCUUUAUGUGCAUAUUUGAUAAAUGUUAAACUAAUCAUAUUUAUAGUCAUUGUUCACUCUGUAACAGUUUAAAUCAUAUGAUGUUUUUAUAUCACUGAAGAACAGCUGUUCUUACCAGGAAGUAGUGAGCUUCUUAUCUGAGUUCUAGACAGACUGACUGAGAUUGGUAAUAAAUGAAGGAGAAUGUUUGGGAAAUAGAGAGACCUGGAUGCUGAAGCAGGCACACAGGAAAUGAACACCCUGACUCACUGCAAGAGGAGCAGUAGAGAAGCACCCUUCAUGGAAUCAUUGCCUUAGAAUGACUGUGUGCUCUCUUCUCUUGUAAGGUUUUGCUCUCUGAAUAUGGAAACUGUAGGGUGGGUGAAGGGAAUAAUAGUGUUGCUAUUGCAAACAUUUUUGAUAUAUAAAUGCCUGUUGUAGAGUUUGGAUCAUCUGGUAAAGAACCCUUUUAGCCUCUGCGCCCACCAGUCAGUAAACAUCAAAAUCAUUUCUCUUAAUGUCACUUGGUGUUUCAAAAUAAAUAUAUCGUCUAAAACCAAA